CACUCACAACCUCAUGUUACGGGUACGUCGUAAAACUAAAUUUUGUGCCAAUAUCGUCUUGACGGGCCCGGAUUCCAUCUUUCCUGACGCUUCUCGCGUUGCCAGUCCCCCGCCGCCCACCUGCAUGCCCGUCUCGUCUCCUGCCACCGUCUCGCUCACCAUGGAUACUGUUGCGCACGGCGACGACGCGCUAGACCCCUCGUCACCAAGCUCCAACAUCCACAUUCGACCAGCGUGCGAGAACUGCCGCCUUCGCAAGAUUCGUUGUGAUAGGCAGUAUCCGUGUUCUCAUUGCGUUAACACCAAAAUCGACUGUGUUGUUGCUGAAAAGAAGCCUAGGGAGAAACGAAACCGCAUCCUCGUCACUCCACAAUAUGAGAAAAAAAUCGACCAGCUUGAUCGGCGCAUGGAGCAAGUCCUCAACCUGCUCCAUGAUCUCAAAGACGACCGACAACGAUGUUCUCAUGCCGUCUUACCGACAACAGCUCCGCAUGUAUCGAAAAUUCCGUCGUCCAUGUCAAACGCGUCGAGCCAGACUAUCCAGCCAACGCCUUCUGCGGUGCUGGGCCUUGAGGGCGAAUCCUCAUUAGCCGCCCACUCUGCGUUUGCUAGCGACUUCAUGCACCAAGUCGCUGGUGCUGACCCCGUCCCGGGUUUUGGCUCAGACAUGAAGAACACGCUGGACGCACUCUCACACGUUGUUGGCGCCCUGAGAGAGCAGACCUUUGCCAAUGAAAUGGCAUACCCUCACUCCCGGCCGAGCCAACGCCUACGCCCAUCGGGGUACGAGUUGCCUCCUAUCCAAAAAGCCACCGAGUUGAUUCGUAUUGCAAAGAGUCAGAGGCUAGCAGGAACAGGCUUUAUAUACGAGUUCAUAUCGAUGCGAGACUUCUCCGACAUUUGCCUGCAGGUCUACUUCUCCGACACUUUCUCCGAGAUGGAAUUCAUCAUUGUCAACGCUGGCUUUUAUUCUCUCUUCACGGACUAUAGCUAUCAUAUCUCCGCAGAACAAAAGGAGACGUACCUAGGCCAUGCCCGCAAGUGUCGCGAGAACCUUGAGACGGCACUUUAUGAUCUGCCACUGCAUCUUCCGACAACGCCAGAGGCUAUAACAGCUCUCCUAUUUGGUGCCUGGCAUGCAAUUGAGCUCUCGAAACCCUACCUCUCCUGGGCAUUGUCAAGCAAGGCCUCAGAGCUGUGCCAGACGUUGGGCUACCACAGAAUGCCCGAUGCAGAUAAUAGCGACGACGCCAAGUUUAGGAAGUUUUUAUUUUGGACUAAUUACUUCCUCGACAAGAGUUUGUCUCUUCGCCUCGGUCGAGCAUCCACCAUUCCCGACUGGGAAAUCACAACGCAUAGACCUGCAACUAGUGACGCCCACCAAGAACCAGUGAUGGCUUAUUUUGUACUCUGGAUCGAAGCUGCACGUUGCCAGGGCAACAUUUACGAGCUUCUGUAUUGCCCCGAAGCUAUUACCCAGCCCGAACAUGUCCGGCAUACUCGGGUUCAGCUUCUCGUGAACGAUCUACACGUGUUGGAGCAGGCCACACAGGAAACACAUGAAAAAUGGAUCCAGGUCUCUAAGGAUAAUGCCGGCAAGGAUUUGAUGGAUUUCUUUGCCGUCUCAGACGACAUUCUUCGACUUUCACUACUUACUCUGGUCUAUCGGGCUGCUCCACAACAGACCGGUGCUCUAACAACGUUUAGCCCCAGUUGCGUCGAAGCUGCUAGAGCUACUCUGCGCAGACACCAUGAUUGUCUGGCGGUUAUUGAGAGGAGCAGUGAAGACUUCUUCCCUACCUAUGUCCAUUGGACCCUUCUCUUCGCUCCCUUCAUUCCCUUUAUCGUCAUCUUCUGCCAGGUAAUCGAGACUCAAGACAAGGCAGACCUCGACCGCCUUCGUACUUUUGUCACUUCAAUCCAACCAGCUGCCGCUGCCUCGGGCGCCGCAACCAAGUUGCAUCGGCUCUUCCAGGUCCUCUACAACGUCGCAGUCCGCUAUGUAGAACUCUCGGCCCCGCGCGACGACCAGCCACGGGAUACUGAAGAGAUGGACACGUAUCUCAAAUUAUUGGGCAUACAGUCUACGUGGGGGAGCCAGCAGCAGGGGCAGGGCUUCGAUCACGACCUCGACAGAAACCUCGUGCAAGUCGCAGGUGAGGAAGAUAUGAAUUCCACCGACGUACAUGCCGGGCCAAUGUUGAUGAAUCCUAUGAUCCGCACGGGGCACGGGGCACAGUUGGAAGAAUGGUUUUAUAGCAAUGAAGCUCUGAUGCAGUCAUUUCAGACUUUGCCUGAUCACUUUACGCCUGAAAACUAGACAACACAAGGUAGAUACGGUAAAACGAUAGCAGCACUGCAAGGUCGAUUACAGCGCCCUAAUGAUUCUGAAAAACAGCGUAGAAUUGCUAAG